AUGGCUGACAACGGCGCCGCAGAUCCUGGUAAUAACAAUAAUAACAAACCGGACGCCUCGGAGGGAACUAUAAUUAAGGUCACAGUAAAAACUCCUAAAGAUAAAGAAGAAAUCGCCAUCUCAGAGGAUGCGUCCGUCACUCAGUUUAAGGAAGAGAUCUCCCGGCGGUUCAAAGCCAAACAGGACCAGUUGGUUCUGAUUUUUGCAGGGAAGAUUUUGAAGGAUGGAGAUAGCCUGAACCAGCAUGGCAUCAAGGAUGGCCUGACAGUUCACCUUGUCAUAAAGACAGCACACAAGGCAGGAGAUGGCGCCAGCUCCUCGCCUUCAAGCUCAUCCUCCACCCAAGCAGGCAGUAGCUCCAGCCCCAGCCCAGGCACCAAUCCCUCCACAGCUGGCACCACUGGCCCUGCUGCACCACCCACACAGACACCCAACAUAUUGACUGGUUUCGGUGACCUGUCCAGCUUGGCCGGACUGGGAAUGGGCUCGGCCAACUUCAUGGAACUUCAGCAGCAGAUGCAGAGGCAGCUGAUGUCCAACCCAGAGAUGUUGUCUCAGAUCAUGGAGAACCCGCUUGUGCAGAACAUGAUGUCCAACCCAGACCUGAUGAGGCAGAUGAUUGUGGCCAAUCCUCAGAUGCAGCAGCUGAUGGAACGCAACCCAGAGAUUUCCCACAUGCUGAACAACCCUGAGCUCAUGAGACAGACAAUGGAGCUGGCCAGAAACCCAGCCAUGAUGCAGGAAAUGAUGCGCAACCAGGAUCGGGCCCUGAGCAACCUCGAGAGCAUCCCGGGGGGUUAUAAUGCCCUACGGAGAAUGUACACAGACAUCCAGGAACCUAUGUUCAGUGCCGCCAGAGAACAGUUUGGUAGCAACCCAUUCUCAGCCCUGGGUGGGAAUUCUGAGUCAGGUGCCCAGCCGUCAAGGACGGAGAACCGGGAGCCCCUUCCCAACCCCUGGGGCCCCCCAAGUUCUACCAGCUCCUCUGAGAAUGGAGGAGGCACCACAGCAGGAACUGGUACCACCACUGGCACCAACCCCAGUGUGUCCAACCCCCUGGGCAUCAAUGCUGCCAGUCUAGGAAAUGGCAUGUUCAACAGUCCAGGCAUGCAGAGUCUGAUGCAGCAGAUCUCAGAGAACCCCCAGCUGAUGCAGAACAUGCUGUCUGCUCCCUACAUGCGCAGUAUGAUGCAGUCACUGGCUCAGAAUCCCGAGCUGGCCUCCCAGGUGUUGAUGAAUAACCCUUUGUUUGCCGGAAAUCCUCAGCUGCAGGAACAGUUCAGAGCCCAGCUGCCUAUCUUUCUGCAACAGAUGCAGAACCCAGAGGCCCUGUCAGUAAUGACCAACCCCCGCGCCAUGCAAGCUCUAAUGCAGAUCCAGCAGGGCCUGCAAACACUGCAGACAGAAGCACCAGGACUCAUGCCUAGUUUGGUGUCAGGUGGAAUCCCUGGGAUCCCCACAGGAGGAGGCAUGCCCCCAGAGAAUCCUGCCUCCUCGCCCAGUGCAGGAACAAACACCGCCCAGCAGCAGCAGCUGAUGCAGCAGAUGCUCCAGAUGUUUGCUGGAGGAGGAGGAGGAGGUGCAAUGACCCAGACUCCAGAGGUGCGGUUCCAGUCCCAGCUGGACCAGCUGAACGCCAUGGGCUUCAUCAACCGCGAAGCCAACCUGCAGGCUCUCAUCGCCACUGGAGGAGACAUCAACGCCGCUAUCGAGAGACUGCUGGGCUCACAGCCCUCAUAAAGACAUACACACUGACAUACAUACAGACACGUGCAUACCGACAUACAUCCAUACGUACAUACAUGCAUACAUAUUCAUAAACACACAAGCAUCUACAGAGAACCAAGAGAAAUUAAAGUGAAUUGUCCCAAACUUUGCAGAAGAAACUUGGGCAGGAUGUGUAAGACCCUAAUUCUACUGUCUCGUCUCAGAUCAUUCCCCCAUACUCGUGGUCCCCCCUCCCCCCCCAUUUUCUCUUCUUGGCGUCAUCCACUGAGAUCUCUGUCCCAGAGUGCUGCUACAGAGCCGGACUGAACCACUUCUCAACUCGAGGGGUGUUCUGGUGCAGAGAACAGGGGUGCAAACCUCUCCUGAAAAGGGAUCCCCAACCAUUUCUUCACUCAACCUUUUCUUCACAGAAAGCUGGAGUCGACCCAGUCAGAUGGAAUGAUCAGAGAGUUGCAGACGGACACAUAACAGAACAGAGAUUAAAAUUAGGUGACGUGAUUGGCUGUUAGCUUGUGUUCUACACAUCACACCCGUGUGCUGAUUUGCUAAUAUUCACCUUGACUAAAGAGAGCUCUUGUUGUACAGACAGUAAUCCAGACAGAGAAAAGGAAGACAUCAUGUCCAUACAAACAUUCAACCUCAUUCCUCCCGCUUUCCCCCUUCUCGAGAUUCUACAUAAAUAGUUUUUGCCCAACAGUCCUUACUAUUUAUUGCAAGCGCUUAAAGAAAUGACGCCCCUCACACUUCCCUAAAGUUGUAAUUUGUCAUUCCAGAUAAGAGUGCCCACUCAGCCAUGGGUGACAGUGUCUUUUCCCCUCUUGAGGCACUACGGCUGUGCCUUCUGUCCUCCCCCAGCCCUCCCCAUCAGAGCAUUGUCGCCAAAUGACACCCCUCUCCACCUCUCUGUUGGUGGUCCCCAGUGACUUCCAUGCAGCAUUAUCCGGAAAUUUACUUUAACCAUAGUCAAUUAUGAAGUCGCGGUUAUGAAGCAGAAAAUGCAGGCAGGAAGAAUAUGAAUGAAACAAACAAGCUUUCCUUUCAUUUUAAUCUGAUUCUUUAUCGAUUUUUAAAUUUUGUUUCUGAGGUGCAGGUAGUACCUAGAGAUAAUCAUGAUUUGUCUUGCAUUAAAAAAAAGAAAUUGGAAAUCAUUUGAGUAAAUUACAAUGGAAAAGCUUUACUACAUUUUCCUGGUAUGGUAGCACCAUACACCUGUAAAAUCAAGUUUUAGGAAUUAUUCUUUUUCUUUCUUUUUCUUUCUUUUUUUUUUUUCUUUUUUUUUUUUUUUGCUUUUGAGAAUCUCAGCAUUGUAGUUGUGGUAACCUUGGCAACUGCUGCUAUAGCUUUGCUUUGUCUGUUGACCUCAGCUGAAAAAAAAAUCCAUCUCCCAAUUCAACAUGUUGGAACUAACUUUUAACAGUACUGUACUAAAAAAAAAAAAUAAAACAAACUUGGUCAAAAACAGUAUCUGUGCCCAGUGUCACUUGAUUAGCAGUGUGAGGAAAAAAGUGUAAGAUACAGUACUGAUUAGCUGGCACUUGGUCUCUACGGAAAUUUGAUACUUAAAUUUGGAUUUUUUUGAAUUUGGUCAUGAAAUGUAAACUGAAAUGUGCUGAUUAUGGUUUGUGUUUGUGAGUUACACUCGCAGCAUUUCCACUCAUAAAUUAUUUGAAGUAUGCACACCAAGUUGCAUGUAAGUCCAAAUAACUGAAAUCUGUUUUCGGGUGAACUGUGCUUUAAUCCUUUAAUAUUUCCAAAUGAACUUUGACUGUUGAUUUGCUGAUCAUUAUUAUUACUGUAUUAUUCACAUUUCUGUGUCUUAUUGUGGGCUGGAGUCAAGAUGAAUUAAAGUAAAUACAUUUA